GCGUAGUCAUUUGAAGAGUGGAGUGCGCAGAUAUGCACCACCUCUCUCGUUUCUGUGAAGGAGGAUUUCUGCUGUAGGUGGUGGCAUCAAUUCACUUCGCUUUCAGCAGAUGCUGAGUUCAUUCUCCUGUGCAAAUGGAGCUGGAUAUAAUCACCGGAGGCGCAGAAAAGGCGCAUACUGAGCUUUAGAAACACUGAGAAAACACUGAACACAUCAUAUGAGCGAAUACAGUCAAUUUACAUACACAACUAUUUUAAACGUUCAACAUGUGGAUUAUAGUACUGUGGCUAUUUUUGAUUGGUACUUCCGUCGAAGCACAGCAUGUGGACCCUGAAGUGGGAUUAACAGCUCAGGAACAAGUUCUCCUGCUGUACGACAUCAAACUGCAGUGCCUUCAGAACAUCUCCGAACACAGUCCUGCCGAUGAGGUCUGUUCUCCAGGAUGGGACGGGUUGGUUUGCUGGCCUCGAGGAUCCCCAGGAACGGUCACCAAAGUGCAGUGUCCCAGCUAUGUGUAUGACUUCAACCACAACGGAUUUGUAUACCGUCAGUGCAACUCGAAUGGGUCGUGGGUAUCGGUGGAGAACAGAACUUGGGUCAAUUAUUCAGACUGUCUGCGCUUCUUGGCUCCAGGCGUUGAAAAAGGCAAAAGGGACUUUUUUGAGCGGCUGCACAUCAUGUACACAGUUGGCUACGCGGUGUCCUUCAGCUCGCUGCUGGUCGCCAUUUUCAUCAUUGGAUACUUUCGGCGUCUCCACUGCACCAGAAACUACAUUCACAUGCACCUCUUUGUGUCUUUCAUGCUGCGUGCGGUCAGCAUCUUUGUCAAAGACAGAGUGGUGUACGCUAAUGGUGUGCUACAGGAGUACGACACCAUGCUAAUGGACAACAUCAGCACUGUCUCCAUUUCCCCUCUGGACAAGACUCAGUAUGUCGGGUGCAAGAUCACAGUCCUAUUCUUCAUUUAUUUCCUGGCAACGAACUACUACUGGAUCCUAGUGGAGGGCCUGUACCUUCACAGUCUCAUUUUCAUGGCGUUCUUCUCCGACUCCAAAUAUCUUUGGGGUUUCACCCUCAUAGGGUGGGGUGUUCCCGCUCUCUUUGUAUCAACCUGGGCUGUCGUCAGGGCAACGCUGAUGGAUGUAAGGUGUUGGGAGUUGAGCGCUGGCAAUAUUAAAUGGAUUUACCAAGUUCCGAUACUGACAGCAAUUGGGCUGAAUUUUAUUCUGUUCGUAAAUAUCGUUCGAGUUCUGGCCACGAAGAUCCGAGAAACGAAUGCGGGGCGCUACGACACACGUAAACAGUGCAGGAAGCUGGCAAAGUCCACAUUGGUUCUGGUUCUGGUUUUCGGUGUCCACUACAUCGUGUUUGUGGGAAUGCCGCACACAUUCACAGGUGUCGGCUGGGAGCUCCGCAUGUACUGUGAACUCUUCUUCAACUCAUUCCAGGGAUUUUUUGUGUCCAUUAUCUACUGCUUCUGCAAUGGAGAGGUCCAGACAGAAAUCCGGAAGACCUGGCUCCGCUGGACACUUGCAUUUGACUGGAAAGGUCCUGUUGUUUUGGCCAACUACCGCUAUGGGACGGUCCUGAACAGCAGCGGUGCCAGCGUCCAGUUCCAGAUGACCUCUGUGACCCGUAGUUCUGCCCUCCUCCCCAGCAGGGUAUACCGCUGCGCCGCUCGGUCCAGCAUCGGCUCACUCGUACACAGCUCGCAAAUACACACCACCCUGCCUGGAUACGUCUUCAGCAACUCAGACAUCGAGAGCCUACCGCCUUCCAUUCCAGAAGAAAUCGAAGAGGAGGCCAAACACAUCGAUGACAUCACGCUCAAAGCCGUUAACCACAUUGCUGUACGACAGGAAGCCCUCAGCAUCUGUUUCGAAGAGAGCGGACAAAGCUCAUCCAACACAGAUUCUGAUGAUCUCAGAUGUCGUCCUGAUGACAUCACCACUUCCGAAAUCUCCAAGUGCACUGAUAAAAUAUCGUUGAAGGAGUCUUCAUCGGUGGGAUACAACAGUUUGGAUCAAGAGGACGAGGAAGUACUUUAAAAUGUGAAUUGCUGUUUGCAACCCGUUUUACUUCUGUAAGGCAACAAUAUUUACAAUUGAAACAGGGUGUUUGGUUUUAUUCUUUGGGGAUUGAUGGGUUAAAUACCAGAAUGGAGUUAAAUUUGAUAAAAUAGUGCCUAAAUAGCUGUUUGGCUAUUUGUUAGCGUUAUCCAAUAAUGCUAAGUGAUAAAGGUCUAAGUGAAAAUGGUGUAAAAAAAAUUUACCUUAGAGGAAAGUAAGUAUUAAUCAAAGAAUAAAUAAAACAAUUUCUUUGGAAUGACAUGCACUGAUUCACAAUAAGACUGAAAGUGUGUCUUAAAGGAAUAUUUCCCCCCAAAAUUUUAAUUUAAUUUAAAAUUAAUUAAUUUUAAUUAAAUUUAAAAGUUUACUUACACUCAAGAUAUAGAUGAGUUUGCUUCUUCAUCAGAUUUGGAGAAAUGUAGCAUUGCAUCAUUUGCUCACCAAUGGAUGCUCCUCAGUGAAUGGGUGCCGUCAGAAUGAGAGUCCAAACAGCUGAUAAAAACCUCACAAUAAUCCACAAGUAGUCUACACGACUCCAGACCAUCAGUUAACGUCUUGUAAAGCAAAAAGCUGUCUGUAAGAAACAAAUCCAUGAUGUUUUUAAAUAAAGAAAUAUUCUCCAUAAUAUUACUUUUUCCAGUGAAACUAUUCCUUUAAGAAAAGUAAAUGGGCUCUAUUUUGACUUCAUGUUGACUUGUAAAAUUAUUUUCGAGUCAAAUAAAGAGGCCAUUUGUAUUGUAUGAUGCAUGAAAACAAAUAUUUGGUUGGGAUCAUCUGGUUUCACUCAUUUUAAACCUUGGAGAAAGAUUUGUCUUUAAAUUUGCACUAUUUUUUGCUGGAAAUUAGCGCCAUCGCACUGCCGUAUAAGAUUGUUAACAUCUUUAAGUUUGGUGAAUUAAGUAUGUGUAAAUAUUUCCUUUGCCAAGUGUCAAGCUGUGUCAUUUUUGACACACAAAUGAUGUUGUUCUGUGAAAUCAAACAGCAGGACUCAUUCAUGAAACACAAGUGAAAUUAAUUUCUGCGUAAAUAGUUCGUAAAACAUGUUCUUAUGUAAAUUCUGUCUGUUCUGUUACAGUUUAUGCAAGAAUGGUUUUACAAAUCGUUUAAACAAAUUUGUUCUGCUUGUGUUUUAUGUCUGUAAAAAUUGUUCGCAAAACCAUCUGUGCGUAAAAUGUGCUGUUCAUUUUCACCAAUAAAUUUACACAAAAUAUUAGUUCCGCUCGUGUUUCAUGAAUGCGACCCAAUGUUCAGAGUUCUGCUGGUAUUUGAUGACGCCUUUAGCGAAAAUAAGUCAGUUGGACGUUGCUUGGCAUGAAUAUUUUGAUUGCACAAAUUUUACAUCAAGCUAUUUUUCUACUGUGAUUUAUCAGUAAAUGUUUUUCUCAAAUUGUUUUAAAUGUAUUGUGCAUCGAUGUGUCAUUCUACACACUUAAAUGUAUGUGAAACAAACAAUAAAAAUACGUUACAACAUGUUACAUCUGAAUAACAACAAACAUUACUGAAGACAGGCUGAUAAA